AUGUCACCAACCAAUACACUGCUUAACCUAAUCUGCGCACAUCCUUACCAAACGAUAGUACACGCCGCAAAUGGCGCCAUCUUGCUCGAACCAAGGAUAUUCACCGUACCCACCCUCUGGGCAUUAGGCUUCGAGCAAAGAGGGCCUCGCAGAGGUUCCCUUGCCGCAUCUACAAUGAGCUACUUCGGUUAUGUCCCGGCAGGCGGCGUGUAUGCUCUGGCACAGAGUGCUGCCAUGGGAGGGUAUGGCGCUGGUCUCGCUGCUGGGGCUGCACAGGCAGGUGCGGUGGUCAGCUCUGGGCUCACCUGGUUCAUGGGUAGAAAUAACACUGGUGCCUAA